UGGUGUCUGUCGUAAGAUACAUUUAGCUCCUUCCUGUAUUGUUGGUUCGUGGUUGUUUUCAGUUGUUUUGGUUGUGGCUUCAGAGCGGAGGUUCCUUUAAUUUUCCAGAGAGAGCACGUGACGAUGUUGAUUUGAUACAGGGUACACCUGGAGGUUCACUUCAAACCUCCUGCUAGUAGACGGAGUGAAACAGAGAAAAAAAUAUAGAGACAAGCAGACGUAGGUAACUGGGUCGAAAGAUGGGUAAUCAUCAGUCGAGCAAGAGGGAUUCCUCGAUGAAGAGCGAAAAGGGUGGAACGACUGGAAGUGGAAACGGGCAUCAUAGAAAGAAGAGCAUCACCAAGUUGAUGAUGACAACAGGUAGUUCUUCGCCAACAACCAAUGGGGCGGAUUCACCAACUGCAGCAACCAAUAGCAAACCGGCUUCGCAGCUUUUACCCGUCGAGAAACUCGCCAAGAUUUUAACCCAGAAGACACAGCAAGAGGAAAGUGUCCAUGGAGUCGGAUUGGCAACAUUCUCAAAAUACUUGUUUCCAAGGUAUCCUGUUUUAGCUGAAAAGUUGUUCAAGCAUUUCCAUACACGUGCGAACUCCAAGCACGACCACCUCACCUCCAAUGCCUUUAAACAGCAAUGUGAUAAACUGUUCUCAAUAUUGGAUGAUGAUACCAUAAGGGAUAAUAUGGUGAUGAUGUUCGCUGACGAUCACUGCGAGAGUGGUCCCACGAUGUCGCCUGAUGGGAUGAAGGUGAUGCUGAUGUGCGCAUACCACGUUUCUAUGGACCACUACUCCGAGGGUCCUCAGAUGUGUCUAGUAAUAAGCAAGACGCUGAAGUCCGUCGUCGAUAGCUGCUUCCACACCAAGAUGCAACUCUCGGUGCAGUUCGUUUCUCAUUGGCUAGAAGCCAACUGUCCCAGGUUAAUCACGCCUUUACAUCGCUAUGCUGUCCACUCUCUAGCCACGUCGUACCGCAGUCUUGAGAUUGAAGGUCCCUCCCUAGUAGCAGAGAAACAGGAAGACGAUGAAUCCGAAGGUUUGGAAUUGGCGACUCCUGUGUUGGAGCAACCACCACCGUUCGGCGAUAAACCACCGCAUCCUCACCUGCUACAGAUGAGCAUGUCCUGGUUGUUGGCAGGAGCGCUGCCACCUCUAUAUUCGCGCCCCCAAAAAGCACACUCUCCGACAAACAGUGGAGUUGGCUUGACCAGCAUCGCAUUCCUUUCAAAGUUCCUGUGCUCCGUGCCCUCGCAUUGGAUCAACCUGUACGACUCUGACGAGAUGGGUCUCGGGGCGAAUCGUUUCUUGCACCACGUGCUCGCCUACAAAGGCGCCACCCUAACACUACUUAAAGCCGAGGGUGGUUCCAUCUUCUGUAUAGCUGCACCAUGCGAAUGGAAAGAGACCCACGUGUACUGGGGCGGUGAGGAGUCCUGUUGCUUCCAGCUCUUCCCUAAAUUCGCGAUGCUCGAGAAGGGCUCAAAGAUGCUAUACCUGAACACCUCUGUGCGCGGAUAUCCUUUGGGUCUAAGGGCGGGCAAGGAUCCCCGCGCUCCAAUCAUAUCCGUGGAAGGCGGGUUUGAUAAGCUGCAGUUCCGUAAGAUCCCCUACAAUUUGCAGUGCAUUGAAGUAUGGGGAUGUGGUGAUCAGAGCAGUCGGGAAGUACAGCUGGAUAUCAAGAAAUGGCAGGUUAAAGAGGCGGAGCGACAGCGUUGCGUGAAAUUGAGCGCCGCUGAUUGGUUGGAUCAUCCUGAUAGGUAUUUGCUAGAAUUGGCGGGUCGACCCCAAUAUCACCAAAAACAGAACUAGCUACUGUCCUUUCAAAAUUCCAUCCCCAAGGUAAAUUUCUUCUUUUUUAUAACGAACACAGACACAAAUACUAUUUGACAAAUUAACAAUAAUUAUUAUUUUACAAUUUGGUGCCAUCUACUUACUUUGUACUCAAACUAUUCUCAAAUUUAGAGAGGUGCAGUAUUAUCUUGAUUGUUGAUAGGAAAGGCACUGACUGAAACAAUUAGUGAUCAUUUGUGUGUCAUGUCUUCCUUACGAUUCGGUACUUAAUUCAUAUUAGUAUUACUGUUAUUUGGCACUCGUUUAUUAUUAAUUAUUACUAAUAUUAGAUUGUUAUUCCAAUAUAUAAAUAUAUUUAACGUAGGAGAAGGCAAGGAGAAGAGAAAGAGAAAAUAUUUUAUAUUCGGAACGAGUUUAUUAGAUACUUAACAAGGAAAACGACAGACUAAUUGUAUUAUUUAUUAUUUAUAUUAUUGUAUUAUAUUACUAUUAUUAUUUCAUUUGAUUGGAUUUAUAUAUGUUAUCUAUCCAUCGCGAAGGGAGAGGAGCUAAAGCGAAAUUUCUAGUUAAUCUUGUCAAAUAUACAUAUAUUUAUAUUAUAUUGUCAAUAUUUUUGCAAGUUGUAAAAAGGAUUGAGAUGAAUCUGAAAGGAUAACCGACCCGAUCUACAAAUAUAUAUAUUAUAUACA